UCGCCGCCGCCCAUGGUCAGCGGAGUGUUUUUGGCUAUCAAGCGCAUAAAUACACAGCCUAACUCAUCGUAGCGCUCGAAGGCGCAGCGUUCUCAACCGCGCACACGAAAUCAGCCGCAUCAACCGGCCAAAAUGCUGCUCACAGCGGUAGCACUCGCCUCGGCCGCCGCGCUUGCGAGCGCCGCGUCGACAUCCCCCGUCUUCGCCAUCUGCGACCUCCCGGGGCCCAACAUAGGCACCGUCACACAACAGAACAUUGAGUGGAAGCUCGAAAGAUACGAGCACAACCCCGCGACGUACCAAGAGCUCUGGCCCGACGUCGAGACUUUGUUAUCGCUGCUCUGCACGGACCCGGAGCUCUCGUACGCGAAGAACCGCUAUGUCGCGAGCGAUCACAACGUGGGCGAAGUAGGCGCCGGUUCCCGCUCGGCCGCGGUGCUCUCGGCGAACGCCAUGCACCACAUCGUGCGCGGCGCGUGCUCCGACCGCUUUAGAUCUGCUAAUGCGAGGCGAGCGUGUGACCUCGCCGUCAAGAUUAUGGGCUCCGUCACGGCGAAGGCUGGUCAAGUGGUCUCUUACCCCAUGCGCCUCGAGCGGCUUUUGACGGCGUGCACCACGUACCUCAUCAUUAGCGACGACUCGCUGAAGCGGAAUUUGAUUGUCCAGGCCCUGGGCCUGUUCGCGUUGUGCGGGUACGCGGCCUUUAACGCGAUGGUGCGCCGUGCUAGGACGAACAAAACAUCCAGAGAGGAUCUUAUGAACCACCUCGAGGGAACAGCGCGCCAGAAGCGCCGGCCGGUUCAACAGCUGUUCUCCAAGGCCUGCCCGGGCAACCUCCUGCAGGGUCAAACCAAGGGGUGCGUCCUGGCCAUCGGCACGUACGGGGCGUCACGGAAAGGGGAUAAGAUGGUGCCGUGCUUGUCGGGGACGGUGUUCGAGGCUAGCCGGUCGGAUCUAUGCACGAAGGCUUAUCGGCGCUUCGUGGACAUUCCGGCGCAGUCGUGGUAUUUGAUGAUCUUCAUUUUACACUGCGACCUUCGGUGUAGAAUCAAUAUUUCAUCGUCCCCGAGUCUUGACGCCUCACUAGUUGAUUCCCACACAGUCGGGCUCUGGCUGCCGUUUAAUGCUGUUAUGCUGGCGUGGCGCCGCUGGCGCUGGGGCAACCAGAUCCAGUACAAACUCGCGAGUCACCUCUUCGGCGAGACCGCUGGCGCUUGCAAAAGUAGUGCCACGUGGUACGGGUGCAACUUCCUGUACGUGCGGCUGCAGUCCGUCGACUACGAAGCUCUCAGGGGCCACUUAAAGGGGCCGCAUUAUUGCCUCGACUUGGAGGACCCGGCGGUGCUCGAGUUGAUCAGCCAGGCCUGCGAGCGCGGCGAGGCGGCCGGGUACGAGGAGUUCCUUGCGACGCUCUUCGACGGGCCCUCGCACUACCACUGCGAGAAGACCUGGCAGUAGGCUCCCUCUCCUGUGGUCGUAUAGCACUUGUGUUAUAUUGAAGUUUGGGGCGAAGAGUGGCGGAGCGUCGAGGAGUUCCGCGCGGCCUGCUACGAGGACUUCCUACUUUUCCUUAAUAGGUACUGACUAAG